AUGAUUAAUCGAGUGUCCGCCAAAUGGACCUUCCCUGCUGAAGCUCUGUCAGCACUUGUUGCGAUUGGUUUGGUCACUGCUGCCACUUCAUUUGGUAUAAAAGCAAUGCAAACCUAUGAGAACGAUGACAAGCCCCAUCGUUGGGGUGUUGACAAGUGGGAUCGCAGGAUGAUGGAGCGAGAUGGCCGUCUGACUGGCAAUGUGAACGUACAAAUGGCCGAGGCUAAGGCACCACUGCAGUUUUCUCGUAAUAGUGCAUGGGAGCUUGAGCCUCGUCUUUUCUAA